CCGCCCUCCGGGACCCAACGCCGCCGCCAACGCCGCCGCCGGGAGAGCAGUUAUGCUUAAACUCUGGAUUGCAGAAUUUGCUGGAAAUAAAUUAUAAGGCUCUGCUAGACAAUGAGCCUGAAUUCCUAGAGAUCUGCAUCUGGACACUCGGAACGUAGAGACCUAAGCAGGCCCAUCCAUGAGCUCAGAUUUCCAGCAUUACAAUUUCAGGAUGCCUAACAUCGGAUUCCAGAAUCUGCCUCUCAACAUAUACAUUGUGGUUUUUGGCACAGCUAUAUUUGUCUUCAUCCUUAGUUUACUCUUCUGUUGCUACUUAAUCAGGCUAAGACAUCAGGCACACAAAGAGUUUUAUGCCUACAAACAGGUUAUUCUAAAAGAAAAAGUAAAAGAACUGAAUUUGCAUGAAAUCUGUGCCGUCUGCCUGGAAGAAUUCAAGCCCAAAGAUGAGCUGGGGAUCUGUCCGUGUAAACAUGCCUUCCACAGGAAGUGCCUCAUUAAGUGGUUGGAAGUUCGCAAAGUGUGCCCUCUUUGCAACAUGCCAGUCCUGCAGUUGGCCCAGCUGCACAGUAAACAGGACCAUGGGCCCCCGCAGGGCCCCCUGCCCGGAGCGGAGAACAUCGUAUAGCUCUCCGCAAGGAACGGGCACUUCGGCUACACCCGCUCCCCGAAUGGAUCUUCGCAGGGCAGCGCGACUCUCCGGCUCGGCCGCCGACCACCUCGGCGCUCUGGGCAUCAUUCCUUUUGUCUCAUGAAGCACUCCCCCCGACUCCCACAGGGAGCUUGGAGCCUUGAGAUCUGGAUUUCCCGGCAAUCUGAACACCCCUACCAGUGCCUGCGUGAGGGGUGGCGGAUCGAUCAGGUGCCCUAGGUUUCCGCGGGCCCCGCUGGGGUUCCCCACCUUUCACCUGGUGCUCUCCCGGAUCACCCUCGUUCCUCCGGGGAGCUGAAAUCAUGGCCGAGCAGGGAAGGCGCCGGGGCUGAGGAUUCCGGAAGGGAAUAGCGAGAUUAGUCUUUCAGGAUCCCUCACCCACGCCCCUAGUUGUCAGGUGAAGUUCCCCUGCAGCCCGUGCCUACCUUGGUGGCCCCCGGGAAACCCCGGUUCUCAGGGCCGGCCCGGGACCCGAGCUUACUGGUUUGCCGGUGGAUGGUGACAUGGUGACGAGUGCCGAGGCUCUUGGACAUUCCGUUCCGUUGAUGAGGCUUUUCCUAGAAUCCUGUGAUUUUCACUGAAACAGUCGGCAGCUCCUUGGGGGGCAGGGUGGGGAGAGGCUGGGCAGAGGUAAGCACCCUCGCAUGAAGCCCCCAGCGCCUCCAGUGCCCAUUCGGUGGAGCGGAAGCCCGACCGACAUCCAGGAGUGGCCCGGGCAAGGGCCGUUGGAUGCCCACCAGCCCCCUCUGUCCCCCUCCACCGUAGGAGGGCUGCCAAAGGCAUUGGCAGCGGCCUUCCGCCAGCUCAGUAAGGCACCAGCGGCCUUUCCAAGAAAAUGACCAAGUAGAGCUGCUCGUUUCCACCCCCAGGGAUGCACCGAGGGGCAGGUGACGGUCACCGCAUCCGGGCUGGGGUAUUAGCAUUCUUAAAAAGAACCCUGUACUCAAGACUCAGCUGAGCUGACUUGGUGUGGGGAACUCUUCUUUUGUCUCUUUUUUCCCUCUUCUUCUUCCCCCUUUGUCUCCUCCUCCUCUCCCUCCUCCCAGAAUGUGUACAUUCCUUCCAGGGAUCCAGUUUUGGCCCCGUCAUCUCUCACUCCUGAUCCCAGACCGCUAGCUGUAAAGUUCCCUCUUAGUUUCAAGGCACUGUUAUUCAACCUCUCGAAGGGAUCCUGGAGAUUCUUCCUGUAGGAUAAAGAAGAAAAGUUUGGAGGGGUCAACCAUGGAGGGUGAGGUAGCCACGUUUAUAUCUGAAAGUAGGAGUACUUUGGAUUAACGAGAGUGUAUGUAUAGGAGGGGAAGGGAUGCUGCUCUCUCUGACCCGAGGAAUGACUGAAAGCAACUUUCUCCGUUGCGAUUCCUGAAUAGUCGAAGAAUUGACUAUUCAGAGUGUAUUGGUGUCUUGAGCCCCUGGGCCGACCUAGUGACCGCCCCAUCGGCCUCAAUCUCAAUCAGGGAAUGCUCACAUCCUUCAUUAGCUGCUGUUCUGCUCAUUUUGACCGUUUUAUCCCUAAAGCCUCUCCUCGUGUUGGGACCGCUGAGCCAAGGUCACGUGAGAUCGAGAGAGAGCAGGGAGAGUUUGUUACUCUGGGAAGCUAUAGUCCUUGGGCUGGAUUUUUUUUCACCGCAGCUGAUGGGAAUGUGGGGAGGUGACAGUGCUCUGAUGCAGGUGCUGAGAAUAACCUAGAUGUAGGGGAAAGUGAAGAGUAUCAGGCAGUGUGAGUCAAAGGAGAGUUGGAGUUACGGUUUGUGAGGUUCAGCGGUUCCCCAUGUGUGGCCUGAUUGUUAUAUUGUCAGCUGAACUGUUUCCUUACCAGGGGAAUGAUGUGACAUGGGUAUUGCUGGGGGCGGUCGGGGUGGGUCGGGGGGUGGUGUGUUUGUGGGGGUGUGUGUGUUUUCAUGCGAGUCUGGCUUUAGUCUUUCUGCCCUCCGCUCAGUCCUUAACCCAAGAGUAGAAGGGAUGACCUGUCCUUUCCAGCGUGUCGUCAUUAAGUUUAGGGAAAUGAACAAAUAUGUGCUUGCACUAUAACUGCCGCAAGUCGACAGGGAACACUUUUCAGCCAUCGGGAGGUAGGCCUGGCCCCGGACUCACCCAGCGAAUGUGCAGAGCUGUUAGCGGAUAACUGCCGGCACAUCCAGGUGGUUGGAAUUUCUUUGGUCUUAGUAUCCUGUCUUCCUCUGGGCCCUGGAGCCCAUGGUGGUGCAGUUCUUUCAGCCUCGCUACUGUCCCUCCCUCUCAGGCAUCCCCAUGGCAUUCCUCGGGUCCUGUGGUGGAGGGGUUUUCCUUUCACAUCGGCUCGCGGGUGGCUGCUCUCCUGACCCCCCCAUUGGCCUCACCGACUGACCUUGAAACCCCACACCCAGAUUCCAUGCCCACGGCUGAGUCCGAAAGGGCAGCAGCAGCACCCAGGGUUUGCAGGACGUAGCUCGGACUUGCUUACGUCCUCCUUGCCGAUCAUUAGCUUGGGCCAGGAUCGGGUUCACCAGCCCACACGAUGCUUAGAAACGGGCUCUCUUUCUAGAGAAAUACCCAAGCACCCGCACCGUCAACAGGCAGCAUCGUAGGCCGGCGGGUGAGUUAUUUCCGUUGGUGGGCCGAGCGUUCCCGUGGGACGGCACCUGGUCACGUGCUCCGGGCCUCCCGGCCCAGAAUUCUGCCCUAGAUACUUGUGCUCUUUGUCGGAAGCUCCCGCUCCGGCAACUCCCCCGCCACCGUUUGAUUCCCUUCUGAGAUGCUGCUGACGUAGGUUGUGAACGGAGUUCUCUUUGCCUCCUCCCAGCGUUCUUCUGCCCGGGAUGAGGCCAGAGCCGGUAGGCGGGUCUGGCAGCCGUGGCAGGCCACGGUGAUCAGGCUCAUUCGGGAUAAAAACGCCGCCUCUUCUUGCCCGAAACAGGGCCCCUGUGCUCGUUCCCGCUCCGUUCCUCCCCCUCAGGACUGUUGUUUUGAGCCCCCCGCCCCCGAGAGGUGACCUCUCUCCCUGACCGUUCAAGCCUUUCGGGACCACCCUGUCACUUGCUAAUUCAGAGGCAGCUCCCUCUCUCUGAGGAUAGUGAAGCUGAGCCAGGUGGCCGCCCCGAGGAAGCAAACCGGAAUCUGUGCUGCUGUGCCGUGGCCCUCACUCCCACACAGUGUUCUUCCAAGCCAUAUCCCUCCUUUAGGUCUCUAGCUUAGGGCAGCUGGCGCUGCGCAGUAGCAUUGGCUAUUAUUUAUGUGCUGGGAAAUAAUUGGGCAAGUCCGGUUCCCAGCCGGUCAGAGUCCCCGCUACCGUCUAACCGUCCCUGUGGAAGGGCCCGGAGAGAACGCGGCAGUAAGAUGUUAAACCCUCCAGGAUUGAGGGAAAGCACACCAAGAGGAGUUUGAGCUGGCAGGCACUCUCAUUUAGACCCAAAUCCCCUGCCCUUCCUUCAGGCCCCCUUCCUGAGUUUUCUUCCCCGAACUGGGCCUUCCCGGCUCCUGCGGCACGGGGUUUUGAGCAGGUGGGGGGGGGCAGGCCAGGUUUGGGCUUUUCCCUCUCCUGUUGGGCCACGGUACCGCCCUGGGACUGAACUCCGGGUCUGAUGAGCUGUUGCCAUCCCCCGCUGGCUUUCUGAUCACCCCCUGGGUUGGCCUGCCCGCCCUGAUGGCGAUGGGCCCCCGGCUGGCAGCGAAAGUCCACAGAGGGCUCUGCUGGGGACUUGAGCCCGCUCACCACCUGCUGAGGGCAGGGCUGCCCACGAGGCCCGUGUGGACCCCAGUUGGCGGCCUCUGUUGGUGCCGGCGGACUCCUGGCCCCGUUUCCUCUUUUGCCAGCCGGAGCUAAUGGUCUCCCGGUCUCCUUUCCCACCUUCCGCCGGUCUACCUUGGGUCCGUUCUUGGCUGGGAACCGAGCGGCCAGCCCUGCCUGCUGAUCAGCCUGGGGCCUGGGAGCCCAGGAGGUCACCGCCAAGAGGACCCCAGGGGGCGCAGAUCGGUCCCAAGCGUCUCAGACUGGGGAAAACGGACCUCACGCAGGAACAGGCUUGCGUGCCCCGUGUCCCCCUCCUGCCGCGGCACCCCCAUGACCGUGCCGAGAUCUGGGCCGACUCCCCCGGGAACAUGUUCCCCUGACACUGCGUAGCGGCGCGUGGUGGCAAAUAGUGGCCCCCCCCCCUUGGCUUCUGGGCAGAUGAGAAACCUCCCUCCCUUCCCACAGAUGCCCUGGAUUUGACUAAGUGCCUGACCACGGGGAAUCAGCCGGAGAGCCUUCAAACCUGACUGACCCAAUCCUUGAACUGCCCUUACUUAGAGAAAGCCUUGUCAGACGGUCGCAGUAGAUGGCUAGAGCCGUUCUCUCGGUCUCCCCGGGAAGAGCCAGGCGAGUCCAGGUGGGAAUAGAGUGAGGGGCCAGGAGAGAAUGAAGGAGUGGAGAAAGAGUGCUCCGGGAGCCGGCCACUUGUCUUUGCUGGGUGGGCCAUCUGUAGUAUCCGAGUCCUGAAGGCAGAGGUGUCUGGAUCCUCCCUGAGGAACAAAUGGAAUCGGGUGCCGAGCGGUUGGGUCGGGCCAAGGGGGCGACCGGCCGAACAGUGGGACUUGGGGAGGAGAGCGGGGACACGGGCUCUAUCGGGCCUCGGAGGGAGCGGCAGUGGCAGAUUGGGGUCUCUGUACGGGCUGGGCCAGACUUUACCUCGAGGUACCCCCGCCCCACCAUCCCUUGCGUCAUCCUCCAAGCCCCCUGGGACACUGAAGCGUGAGACGAGCUUCUCUCGGGUCGAGGGCAGGGAGUUGAGGGGUGGAUUUUGAAGGGAAGGCGAGGACCCAGUGGGGACCACAGGCCCGAAGGGUGGGAAGACCCCAGGCUGGAAUCCAGAACGGGCAGUGCUGAGUCCCAAAUCCACCGGGAGGGAGAGUUCCAGUCGGAAAGGCCGGACGCCGGGGCAGGAUCACUCUGGGUCUGGGGGUGGAAUUUACUGGGCGGGUGGAUUUGAAGUGGAUGUGGGGAAAGAGAAACGUUUCAGUCAGUGUUUGAAACCUGCCUGGCCCGGGAACAGACCGCUUUGGAUGCUUCCCUGGCAAAGCCGGGCAAGAAUGGAGCCGUCCUGCCCUCCUUUCCCCAGCCACCAAGGCCCCGUGGGUUGGAGGGGCGCUUUCUCCUCGCCCCACCUCUCCUGCCCAGUGACCGAGGUCAGUAGAAAACCCGUGCCAGUGGGAGCAAGAAAGAUUUGGGCUAGAUGGGGCCUGAUGGCAGAUGUGGGGACCCAGAGUUCCCCAGACCCGGAGACUCCCCCUCUUCCUUUCCGUCUUCCUCCCUGCUCCUCGCAGCUUCCCAGAUAUGGCUCUUGCACAAAAGAAAGGUGUCCUGCGGGUUUUCCCAUCCUCUGGUGGCCAGUAGCAGGCUUCUUCCCAUCUCUCCCACCCCUCGCCACCCUCCCCCCAAAAAUGGGGAAUUUCCAGUAGCUCCUGGGGCUGUGUCUUGAGACAGGUCAGAGGGUAAUGGUAAUUUUGUGGUUCCACCCACUAGGCUCUUUCAGUAGCCUUUGUGUACAUCUCUUUUACACACACACACACCCUCCAGAAGGUCUAUGAAACCCUGAACCUCUGUUUCAUAGACACAUUUGUACACUAAGAAGUCUGCAGCAGAAUAUUUUUUAAAACCGUGGCUGUUUUUUGUAAGCUAUAUUUUUGUAUAUUUAAUUGCUAUUUUAAAAUUCUAAUGCAUCUUUUGCUAAGCACACUCGUUCUUUAAAAAGAAAGAAGUUUGCAUGUCGAUUAACUUGAAAUGUCAAUAAAUGCAGAUUUUGAAAAUGG